AUGGUGGCCCGGGGUACUUAUCUUCGGCCAGCAACCCAACAUGCCGAUGUUGGAAACUCGCAUCAAAGACCUCCGCCUAUCUGCAAAGCACAAUGGCGGAGAAGAUCUCAACCGCUACUUCACAGUGAUGCUCCAACCCCUCCAGCAAACAAACUGCAGUCGCUUGACCACGGUGACACCAAAUACAAGUAUAAUUUCAAACCCGCGCCAUUCCAGCAUGACGAAAUCAUCCGGCACAUCAAGCUCGCCGUCCGCGAUCUAAACAGACACAACAUUCUCAUCGCAAACAUGAACUUCCGCAUAGUGCCCACCAACAACUCGCCUCCCUUCUGGCCGCCAAGCACCGCUUUCCCCCAGUACGACACGAAGAUGUACACCUUCUUGGACGACUAUAACGAGUUCCCCGCCACGGCAUGGAUAUCGCUCGUCCCGCGAAUGGCUGGCUUGUCCGCAGACGCGCUCCAUGCAAAGAUCGGAUCGACGUGGAUGCCCCUCAAGACAUGGCUGCUGUCGAUGCAGUCACCGACGUCCAGACUGGAUGGUGAGCGCGGCUUCAAAGCCCAGCGCAAGUGGUGGCGGCUCAAUGGGCAGAAGUUCAGGCUCCUUGACCUUCCUGCCGAAGUGCGCAUGCUUGUCUUCGAGCAUGCGUUUGGGCCGCGCCUGUACCCUCUGAGCACAGUCAGCGCACACGACGCAUUCGAUGAGAGCGCUCGGCAGAAUGCGGCUGUGAAGUUGGGCCUGGGACGCUACAAUGCGAAGGACCACGCCAAUCCUCAUACGGGGCUUAGUUGGUUGACGAGCGGAUGUCCGGCGAAUACGAUUGACUACACUGUACCUGCGCCCAAUCUCGCUCUCCUGCGCGUCAGCAAGCAAGUUUUCCGCGAGGCUCUUUGCGCCGGCUGGGAGAAUACGCGCAAGACCUUUUUCUCGCCGCGGCACUUUGCCUCUGUGCUUGAUGCUGGCAUCACGCCAAGCUUCAACUGGCUCAACAAGCUCAUUCUCGACUUCAGUAUGAAGGAAUGGUUCGAGUUUUUCGGUAUCACAUUCCGCCCGGUGUUCCAUAUGGAAUUUGCAGAGUGUCUGGGCUACCUUCUACUCACACUGCCUACACUUGUUAGCCUGCAGAUAUGGUUCAGGAGUCCGGAUGAUGGCUGGAAAUACAGCCCCUGGGGAUGUUUUGACACGCUGUCCCUGUAUAUAUGCUGCCAGCGUACCAUGGUUGACUGGGUCAUGACGUUUGCGUGGCCGUUCGUCAAGGAUCUACCGAAAGUCAUUAUUGGCGGCGCGGUGAAGCGCGAUUCGAAGCGCAAGUGGGACGAUCUCCUUGCUUUGCCCAUGAGAAACAAAGUUGCCGUUAUCGACCAAGCGGCCGACGAGGCAGCUAUCUUCAGCACUGUCGGCCCACCGCCUUGUUUCUGCCGUACGCCUUGCGUAGCGACACAUGCGUCGCGUUAUCGGGAGGAGUGGCCCUUCUACAAGGACGAAGACGACUUUGAUUACGAGAAUAAUUUUAUUGACGAUCUCGAGGUUGAGGAGGCGGUCACUACGGUCGAGAGGCAUGGUCGAGGGGGCGAGGGGGUAGAUCUCGCAAAGACAUUUGUGAACCUAGGGAUCAAUAGCUUUUAG